AUGACGGAUAAGGUCAGAGAACUGGCCAAAGCUGGAUUGCAGAAGCAUGGCAUCAAAAUCCUGCGAGAGGGAUCCCUAAAGGCAGAGGUCAUUGAUCAGAAAAAGCUGAUCGACCAGCACUAUUAUGCCAUUGCAUCCAAGGCUACAAUCCUGAAGCCUGAGCAGCUGAACGUCCCAGCGGAUAAGUUCCAAGAGCAGUUUGGUUUAUCCUGGGAUGAGGCUCUCAAGUCAGGCAAGGUAUUCAAUGCCAUGGAUGGUUGCAAACAUCUAGACAUCGAUGCAAGCCAGCUGGAUGCGGCAUGGUCGCAAGCAAAGGCUGCGAAGAAGCUGGUGAAGUUUGGUGGAGGCUUCUACUGCGGCCUCGUAGAGAUUGAGGGCAAAGAUCCCGUGUACAUCUUCAAUGGCUUUUUCAUGGCAAUGCGAUCCAAGUUUACGAAACCCGGUUCUUCCAUCCACUACUUCUCCGUGGAGUGGGACGCGAAUGCCUUGUCCUGGGCAGACUUUCGUGGUAAAGUGCUUGGCCCCACUGAUCCGGCUGAGGCCCCCGUAGACUCCUUGCGUGGCCAGAUUCUGGCUAAGUGGGAGGACUUGGGCCUCAAAGAGAAGCCCAAUGUGGGGGACAAUGGCAUGCAUGCCUCCGCUUCCCCAUUCGAGGGCUUUGCUGAGCGGAACAACUGGUUGGAGCUGUCGGUCAAGGAGGACAUGUUCGGC